GAUGUGAUGGAGAAGGGGAGUGAGAAGGAAUCAGGAAGGAGAGUUGUGGGAAAAGACAACAAUCCACAGGUGAAAGCAACAUCUGGAGGUCAAGUGGUACCAAAGAGACGUUGCAAAAGAAAAAGGAAACCAGAACAGAAACAAAGGAGUAAUAAGUCUGACGUCUCAACCAAAGAUGAAACAGGGAAGAGAAAGAGGAGACCUAACGGUGCCAUGAACCAGAAAAGAUUCAACUGCAAAUUCAGUGGUAAAACAUAUCACAGCAUGCCAUCAUUCUUGAAUAGGUAUAAAUGUGAGGAAUAUGGAAAGCGCUUCCAUUGCAGUAGUGCAAGAACUAGGCAUCAAAAGAUUCACACAGGGGAGAAACAAUAUAAACGUUUGGAGUGUGGAGAGGGCUUCUCCAAGAAUAGCAACCUAACUGCACAUGAAAAGAUUCAUACUAGAGAGAAGCCAUUUAAAUGCUUGGAGUGUGGAAAGUGCUUCUCUCGGAAUUACUCCCUAAAAUCACAUCAAAAGGUUCACACAGGGGAGAAGUCAUAUAAAUGCCUGGAGUGUGGAAAGUGCUUCUUUCAGCGUAGCUACCUAACUUCACAUCAAAAGAUUCAUACUGGUGAGAAACCAUAUAAAUGCUUCGAGUGUGGAAAGUGCUUCUCCUAUAGUAGCCACUUAAAUGUUCAUCGAAAGAUUCAUACAGGGGAGAAGCCAUAUAAAUGCUUGGUGUGUGGAAAGUGCUUCUCUCAGAGUAGCAACCUAAGGACACAUCAAAAGAGUCAUAAUGUGGAGAAGCCAUACAAAUGCUUGGAGUGUGGAAGAUGCUUCUCCCACAGUUGCAGCCUAACUUCACAUCAAAAGGUUCACACAGGGGAGAAACCAUAUAAAUGCUUGGAGUGUGGAAAGUGCUUCUCUCGAAAUAACCACCUAAAAUCACAUCAAAAUGUUCAUACUGGGGAGAAGCCAUAUAAAUGCCUGGAGUGUGGAAAGUGCUUCUCUCAGAGUACCCACCUAAGGACACAUCAAAAGGUUCAUACUGGUGAGAAACCAUAUAAAUGCUUCGCGUGUGCAAAGUGCUUCACUAACAAUAGCCACUUAAAGGCACAUCAAAGCAUUCAUACUGGAGAGAAGCCAUAUAAAUGCUUGGAGUGUGGAAAGUGCUUCUCUCACCAUUGCAGCCUAACUUCACACCAAAGGGUUCACACAGGGGAGAAGCCAUACAAAUGCCUGGAGUGUGGAAAGUGCUUCUCUCAGGGUUGCCACCUAAGGACACAUCAAAGCAUUCAUUGGAGAGAAGCCAUGUAAAUGCGUGGAGUGUGGAAAGUGCUUCGCUCGGUAUGACUCCCUAAAAUCACAUCAAAGGAUUCAUACUGGGGAGAAGCCAUAUAGAUGCCUUAAGUGUGGAAAGUGCUUUUCUCAAAGUAGCGCCCUAACUACACAUCAGAAGGUUCACACCGGGGAGUAGCUGUACAAAUGUAUGGAGCAUUGAAAGGGGUUUUCUCAGAAUGGCACAUCGAACGAUUCAUACGGAGGAGACUUCUGGGGGAAAUAGUGACGUGAAGGGAGCACUUUACAAAGGCUCCAGACAUAUCUCCCUCUUGGACUUACCACAUCAGGAAAGGAGAGAAUAUAUUCCUAUAUCCUUACCACUCCCCCGUGGGGGAGACCCAACUGACAGGUGAACCCAUCUCCACCAGGUUCUCAUUCCAGCAAAAGCAGCAGAGAAAAAGUUGUAGCUGUUUGGUAUCCUGUUAUAAGUUUUAUUUUGAAUAAUAACAUUAUUCCUGAUAAUCCACAGUAUUAAAAAAUGGUUUACUUUUUAUUUGUAUUAUUAAAACAAAA